AUGCAACGACUUGAUAACAAAAUCCCAGCCGAAGGAUUGGGAGUGAAGGAGUAUCUUCCACCAUAUCUUAACCCUUCGAUACAAAUCAAAGAUCUUUUGACGGGUGUAUGUUUUGCUUCUGCUGGUAGUGGGUAUGAUCCACAAACAACCAAUCAAACGAGGGCUAUCCCAAUGCUGGAUCAAUUGGAUUUGUUUAAAGAAUAUCUUGGGAAGCUUGAGACCAAUAUUGGGGAAGAAGCUGCAAAAGAAAUAAUCACAAACAGCGUAUUUUUGGUAGUGGCAAGUACCAACGAUAUUCUUUUUUCCCUUCCUGCAAGUGGAUUACCGGAUGAUGUUUAUGAUAGCAUGCUAGUAAACUUGACGUUAAGUUUUGUGCAGGAACUAUACAAAAUGGGAGCACGAAAGAUAGGUGUCUUUAGUGCACCACCUGUCGGUUGUCUUCCUGUAGAGAGAACAUUACAAGGAGGACAACUCCCAAUUCUUGAAAGCAAUCUUCCUCAGUCCAGGAUUGCCUUUGUUGAUUUCUACAAUCCCCUAAUAAGAAUCAUCAAUAACCCUGAGAAAUAUGGGUUGGAAGUUACAAACAGAGGUUGUUGUGGAACUGGAUUAAGAGAAUUUAGUUAUACAUGCAAUCAACUCGUCGGAACAUGCCCGGAUGACUCUAAAUACUUAUUUUUCGAUAGUGGUCACCUCUCAGAGAUUGGUUGUUACAUCUUUGCAAAUCUAACUAUACCUGAUUUGGUGGAGAAUUUGUUCUAAUAUAAUCGAGAUUUCACUGGUGAGGGAAAUUGCUAGGAUCAAGAUGAUUCAUCUGAUUUUAUAAUUAAAUAAAGCAAUGCCGAUGUAUUCCCUAUGAUUUAUGAAUCCAAAGAAUGGAAACUUAUUUAUGAAUCCUGUUAUAAAAUUGGGGUAUGAAAAGACUUGGA